AUGACGGGAAAAAUUGAUAAGGAGUUGUUAAUACAGCUUGUGAGAGAUGAACCUCGUCUAUGGGACCAGAGGGUGAAAGCUURCCACAAUCGUGAUAUAAAAUUUGAGUUGUGGGAAUCAAUUGGAACGCAACUUCAACAAAUUUCAGGUGAACAGGCUCGUAAAGCAUGGGAAAAUCUUAGAGACACAUUUAGAAGGAAACUAAAAACUGAUACUGAAACCAAAAGUGGUCAAGGAAGGUCCGACAUUGUGAAAUGGCCUUUUUUUAAUAYCAUGAUGUUUUUAGGGGACGUGAUGAUACCCAGGAAGAGCUCAGGAAAUUUGCCUCUCACGUAUGAUGAAAAUGAACUGUCUCCAAGUAAUUUAAGCAACGCCACGCUAGAAGAUGUAGAUGAGGAAAAUACAAAUGAUACAGAGGCAGAUAUCAAUUGUUCUAUCAGGGAACCUGAAGCAUCUGGAUCAGAAUUCACUUCAUUUGCCAAACCUCAAAAUGCAUUGGAAGCACACCAGUUCGUGAAGGAAGUAAAUUCGUCAAGAAUCAUACCAUCACCCAUUGAUUCCCCUUUGUCGUCACCAUCAUACAGUACUGAAGAUUCCGAGCAUUCUCAAUCAUCUUCAAUGUCGUUUCAAGCGAAUCAAGCAUAUCAGACUGAAGUACAACCUUCACAACAGGAUUUCUAUAAUCUUAUGAAUCUGUGA